CGAGGUCCUUUCCGCUCGUUUAAGAAGGGUGCUGGCCAGGUCUUAGGCAGCAGUCUCACGCAGGCCUUGCAAGGAGAGGUAUUGCCUGUGUUUUCCCUUGUUAUUUGUGACUUGAGGGUGAUCAUUUUCGGGAAAAGUUGUGACCUGUUUCCUCUGUUAUAGAGCGAGUGGAUAAUGCUUGUAAAACGGGCAUUCAAGCGUGAGAUAUAGCCUUGGAAUGUGAAUUUGCGGUUCUGAUAAGUUUGGCAGAAGCAUUCAAACGAGAAGGAUCUUUUUUGCCAUCUCUUCGCUAGAAAAUACAUCUAAGGCAUGGAGCUCCACGGCCCCCGCUUCUCCGACUUCAGCAUCCACUCCCUGAUGACGGCCCGCUCUCUGGCUGAGAUGGGCGACCCUCCCGGUGCAGGGUGGCCCGGCCCUCCCGCCCACGCCCUCCACCCAGGCCUGCAUGACCCAUGGGCGCUUCCUCACCAUGCGUACGCCAGACACAAUCCUAAUAUGGUGGUUCCGAUGGAUAGCUGGGGACCCCGUCAGUCAGCGGUUGCGCCGAUUCAACCACACCUGCAAGAUCAGCAUCAACCACAACACCUCACUCCGCAUCUGCAACACAUGCAAUACCAUCACCCGUUCAAUACUCCAAUUACUCCUGUGAAACGUGCCUCCUCCCCCCUCGGCGGUAUGGCGCGACCCCCCAGCCUGGAGAGUGGCUACGAUAGUUUCAAUUCCCCGCAUCUCCCUGGGGCCGCUCCCGCCAACCGCAUACAUCCACAGGGACAGACCUUCGUGGAUUUUAGUCCAGUGACGCCCCUAGAAGGCAACGGUCCUACUGCAGGCUAUAGACAGGAGUGGGCAGGACCCGGGCACGAAGUCGUAGCCGGGGACAUACCCGAACACGAGACGCAAGUUCCAGAAGCAUGUUCGCAGGAGAUCGUGGCUCCGUGUCCUCCCGGGCAGACGAUGAAGAAGGCGCUGGACGAGGCACCGAAGCCAGGAAGCAAAAGGCGCCGCGUGGAGGAGGACGCCGUCAUCCCCUGCGCAGUGUGUGGGGACAAGGCCUCGGGAAUGCAUUACAGGGUCCAUGCUUGUGAAGGGUGCAAGGGCUUCUUCAGGCGUGUGACGUCAAGGAACACCCGUUUGGUUUGUCCGAGAAACUACCAGUGCGAAGUCACCAGGGAGUCUCGCACGCGCUGCCAGGCUUGUCGGUUCCAAGGGUGUCUUCGCGCAGGCAUGGCCAAAGAUGUGAACACGAUUCCGAAGCGUGGGCGGAAGAGGCCCAUCGCCGACGGAGGGGAACAGAGCAGCCCCAUCUCUCAGCCGAGCGACGACCUCAUCCACACCCUCACCAGUGCACACCACGCCACCUUCUCGCCCGCAUGCCACGCCCAACAGCUCACCGAGGCGAGUUUGUGGGCGGCCGAAGCAGACGUGGGCGUGGAGGGGCGUACGAGAGCGCAACAGUUUGCCAUGAUGGUGCCGGGGAUCGCUAGCCUUCCCCCGGUCGACCAGCAGACCGUCCUUGGCUUGCCGAAGUUAUGCCAGAGGCGACCGCUGUAG